UACCACUCCUAUGCGCAUAGUGGCAGGCGUGAGUCGCGCUAUCUGAAGUCUCUUCGACCAAACGUUGCCCUGUUGGGAAGUGCAUGUCGCCAGCAAGCCUGAUCCUGGACCAGCUGUGGACCAGCAGGGAACAGCUUUAGACCGAGUGAAGCCAGCUGGGGAUCUGUUGUCAAGAGGUCGGACGUGUGGGAGACUAAAGAAUGUCGGAGUCUGGAACGGCGCUGAUCCAAGGUGACUUUAACGUGGAUCUAAGUUCCCAGGAAAGUGUUGAAAAGACAGAUGUACCGGCAAAGAAGUGCCGCGUUACUCCCAUCCACCUUCGUCCAGAUCUGCUGCUUCCCUGCGCCGACCUGGUCAACUCCGAGUGGAAGAGGAGCCGAGCCGCCCGCGUUCACUCCCUGCAGAAAUCCUGCCCGGAUUUCCCCGUCUGCCUGCUGCUCCUCCUGCAAAGUCCCCGAGAGGCCGAGAGGCUGCUGGGACACGCCCGCCUCUCGAGGGUCGUGGGUCAGGACGACAGCCUGUUGGUGGAGUCGGUGGUGGUGUCCGAGGCGGAGCGGGGGCGGGGCUACGGCCGGACUCUGAUGGAGGAAACCGAGUUGUACGCCAGGGGCCGAGGGUUCAAGCGCCUGUGCCUGAGCACCCAUGACAAGCAGCGCUUCUACGCCCACCUGGGCUACACGCCGUCCGCCCCCGUGCAGAACGCCGGCGCCAUGGCCUCGUUUGUUCCCACGGAGACGCUGCUCAGGUUCUCCGGGGUGACAAACGGAGGGGUCGGGGUGCAGGAUCAAAGGGACGCUCCAGUUCGAGAUGGGACGAGUCUUCCUCCGCCUCCACCUCCGCCUCCGCCUCCACUCUCCUUCAUCCCUCCCCGGCCAGAAACUCCUUACAGAGACGUGAAGGGGAUGUCCGUUUUCUGGAUGCACAAAAACCUGUGAAGGAGACUUUGGGAGAAAGGAAAUUAUUGUCAACCAGGGGUCAGCAAACUUUUUGAAACCAAGAGCUACUUCUUGGGUACUGAUUAAUGCCAAGGGCUACCAGUUUGAUACACACUUCAAUACAUUGCCAAAAAUAGCCAA